AUGAGUGUUUCAGACGCCGGCUUCAACUCCAGCGACCUGAACCUUGGCGCCGCCUUCGGAGAUCUCGACACCCCGCUGGGCUUUGCAGACCAGGCAUGCAAGGAGUGCCGCCGCCGCAAGUCCAAGUGCAACAAGGCCAUACCGACAUGCAACCUCUGCGUCAAAUACCGGAGACACUGUCUGUAUGAGAAGCACUCGCGCACUCCCUUAACCAGAAAGUGGGUCUUCCGUCUUCCCUUCCAGAGGGCGGAGCACCUUGUGCGCCAGAUGCGCGCGGUGCUGCCGCCUCACCUGCUGCCCCGGAAGAAUGCCUCUCCUGGUCAGGGGGCCAGGCCCUCGUCAAGUGACCCGUCCUUUGACUUCAGCAAGAUUGAUCAGCCCGGCUCAUCUUCCCACUCCUCGGACAACGCCGAAGGACAGGCCCACAUAAAGCCCGAUCCCUCCGAUGAUGCGCCCUUUGAUGCUGAGCCCACUCCUGGCUCGACUGCAACGCCCGCUCCGCCGGUCGUAGAUGUGAAGCCCCCCGGCGACCACGGGCCCCAGAGGGAGCCCGGCCGCCUUGCACCUCACCGUGUGCCUCAGAGAGGCAUGUCCACCAUCCUGGAGAGCCCGCCGGCGACUGAUGACUUCGAAUGGGACGAGCAGGACAACAUGGUGAAUGCUGCGUUCUCCCCUGAUAUGAAUGAUGACGACGCGGCCCUGGAUGGUAUGGCCUCGCUCACGGUGAGCGAGAAGGAGGGCGGCUAUCUCGGCGUCGCUUCAGGGGCUGCUUUCAUACGGCUGCUGGAGCCCAGUAUGAGGAGGAGGACCAUCCAGACGAGGUCACGCCCAUCAAUGACCUCGUACCCGUCCUUGACCAUGCAACCGAACCCGAACCGACAAAUCGCCGAUAUCAUGAUUGACGCCUAUUUCAAACUCUUUCACCUCAACUACCCCAUCAUCCACGAGCCGACCUUCCGGGCUCAAUUCUCCGAGAUCAUACCACGACCACACGGAGACCCCUGGCUCGUCCUCGCCUACGUUGUCGCAGCCAUCGGUGUUUGGAGCUCCGCGAAGACUUCGGACAACCUCGACCUCACUCUUUUUGCGCAGGCCAGGUCCAUCCUGUCGUUCAACUUCCUGGAGCUCGGCAACUUGACUCUGGUCCAGGCACUGACUCUGACCUCAAAUUACCAGCAGAAGCGGGACCGGCCAAAUUCUGCAUACAACUACCUAGGACUGGCCGUGAGGAUGGCAAUGGGCUUGGGUCUGCACAAGGAAUUCCAGGGAUGGAACAUUUCGCCAUUGAACAUGGAGAUUCGCCGUCGCGUCUGGUGGUCUCUGUGUGUUUUCGACUGUGGUGCCACUAUCACUUUCAGCAGACCGCUUACAUGGCCCUUUGACGGUGUAGAGGUGUCUCUGCCAAGAAAUGUUCACGACAGAGAGCUAACCCCAAAUUCACUCAACUAUCCUCCCGAGACGGACGACAUCACGCCUUACACCGCAGUACGAACACAAGCAGCCUUCCAUCUCGGCACCAAUUUCAUCUACACAAGAGUCAUCGGCAAGCCCCUACCGAGCGCUGAAGAGCUUGUGGAGCUUGACAAGGAGCGUAUCGAGCCUUGGCUCAAGAGUGUUCCUCCUUACUUUGCCGAAUCCGCCAAAGUUCCGCCCAAGUACACCUUUGCCCACGUCACCAUCAGCUGGCGCUACCGAAACUUCCGAAUCAUCAUGUACAGGCCGUUUGUCAUUCGAAAGGCUUUCCGAGCUCGAGAUGGCCGAAACCUGGAUGAGACCCCCGCGAGCCUGCACGCGUAUAACACCUGCCUGGCCGAUGCCAAAUACUCCAUCCAGUCCAUCAGUAACUACUGGGUUAACUGUGAACAGGGCCGCAUGGCAGCAUGGUAUGCCUUGUACUUCAUCUUUCAAGCAGCCCUGAUCCCCUGCAUAUGCCUCCGCAAUCUACCCCUGUCCGACCAGGCCGCCGACUGGCGCCAGCAAAUCACCAUGACCCUGCAAAUCAUCGCCGGCCUCGCGCCCUUCAACGCCAGCGCGCAGCGGUGCUACGGCGUCAUCGCCGAGCUGUGUGGGCGAUACCUGGACCACGUGCCGCCGCCUUUCCCGCAGGCAUCGCCCAGCCCGAACGCUGCCAUGCCCUCCAUGGGCGGUACACCGUCCAACGGCCACAACAUGGCAGCUCACGCGGGCAACAACAACAGCGGUCACCACCACAGCGGAAGCCGCCAGAUGCAUCAGCAGCAACAACAGCAACAGCAACAGCAGCAAGACCCGUACCAGCAGCACAUGGACGAGAUGAUGCUCCCCAUUGACGAGAGCCCCCAGACGCAGAUGAACAGUGUGUACCCUAUGAUGUGGCCUAACGUGCCAGCGUUCGAGGCGGCGGACCAGUUUAUGGACGAUGCGUGGAUGGAUUUCCUGGGAGCCGAGGGCGGAGCGACGCCGGAACGUGGCUGGUACGGGCACUGA